CAUAUCAUAUCAUGCGUCUCCCACGUGCGAGGUAUCGCUCCCGAACUCCGCCCUCCUCCGCCUCCGUCACGCGUUUGAUCUCGUCGGAGGUGCUCUAAUAUCACCGGAGAUGCGAUCGAUGGCUGGAAAGCGCUUGUGGUGGCUAGCUCGUCCCUAGCCCUCUCUUCCUCUUUCUCUCAUAGUGGCAUUCCCUCUUACACCGUCUUCUUCUCUAGCCCUAGACGCCGGAACCUUGGUGUUCGUCUUGUACCCGCCGCCGACUAUCUCUUUUCUCAACCUGGUCAUCGCCUUCCGGAAGGGGAGGCACGAGGGUUUCCUUCGAGGUUGAUUUUGACAGCAACAUCUUCAAGUAGUGGCAUAACUACAGCAAGGCUUAUAUUGACCUAGUAAAAAAAAUGAGGCGGCAAGGACAAUAUACUGAUUCAGGCAUUAAUCCUAUGAUAACUGCACAGAUGCAGCAGCGGUUGUCAGAACAGAGAUUACUGCACAACUCUGGUGCAAGAAAUUAUCCAGGUGGGUCUAGUAGUUUCCAGCCAGGUGAAGAGCGUCAACAUAUGUAUUCUAAAGCAGAAGGACAAUGGCAGUGGGAUAGGGAUGGGAUAAAGUCAGGUUUAAAUCAGCUUCCAUCUCAAAUGUAUAAAGAAGGUCAAGUAACUGAUAUUUCUCACACUUUGUUUGAGGAACAAGUAUCUGAUUCAAAAUUAGGUAUGGAGAUGCUGGCCAGUAAGGAUCCUAGAGCACAAGCUCGACAAGAUGAGUUGGAGACGAGAUUUGAUAGUAAUUUUCCUCAAACAUUUGAAGGACUUGAACAGAAAUUUUUUAAUGAUAUCAUAAGCUUGAGUAAAGAGCAACAACAAGCAGAGGACAGAGAAAAUGCUAGGCACAGAGAGAGGUUAGAUGAAAUCAAUGCAAAAUAUCAAGAAAAACUGUUGGCUGUACGAGUUCGUCAAGCUACUCACAGGGAAGAGUUCCUACAAAAAGAGUCACAGGUGCGCCAUCAGCAAUAUCAACAAGCUAAUGUUAACAGCUACCAGAGUAAUACUUAUCAGAGUAAUGCUGGAGCUAGAGAAGCUCGUGGCUUUGGCUCGCCGGCCAAUGCCAUCAGUGCAUUUGGUGAUGCGCAUGGAUAUGUUUCAGGUCACUACGACUCUUUCGGGGAGCGAGCUGAAUUUUCUGGAGGCAGGGGUCGCGGUUACGGUGGUCGGGGUCAUUAUCCUGGUGGUCGAGCUUAUAAUUCUAGAGGUUGACCUUUUUGAACACAUCAAAUGAAUGUGAAAUGGAGUCUGUUUCUCGUGUUUUUUAUUGUAUUUGUAGAUUUGAUUUUAUUUGGAAUCCAGUUGCACACUUGUUUUAACCAGCUGUUGCAGAGGACUUUAUGGAAUGUUCAUUAUGCAAGAAUAUGAUCAUGUAGCAGCUUCCUAUCUUCCUAGAAGUUAUUCCAGCAUGGCAUUGUUUCUUA